AUGGAUUUCAUGAAAGUAAUCGAUCAGACUGUCCGCGAAAUAAAGCGAGAAGUGAAUCUCAAGGUUUUGAAGGUUCCUGAAAUUGAACAGAAGGUACUGGAUGCCACGAACGAUGAACCAUGGGGUCCUCAUGGAACUGCGUUGCAAGAGAUUUCUAUGGCUACCAGGAAAUUCACUGAAUGCCAGAUGAUUAUGAAUGUGCUGUGGACACGAUUGGGGGAGACGGGCAAGGACUGGCGUCUUGUCUACAAGGCAUUGUCUGUCAUAGAGUAUUUGGUGGCACAUGGUUCAGAGCGCGCCGUGGAUGAUAUUAUAGAGCACACUUUUCAGAUCUCUUCGCUUACAAGUUUUGAAUAUGUUGAGCCAAGUGGGAAGGACUCGGGGAUCAAUGUGAGGAAGAAGGCAGAAACUAUCAUUGGCCUUCUGAAUAACCAGGAGAAGAUACAGGAAGCAAGGAAUAAAGCUGCUGCCAAUCGUGACAAGUAUAUUGGUCUUUCAUCUUCUGGAAUCACCUCCAAGGCAAGUUCAGCCUCAUUUGGUAGUAGCAGCUAUAGGAGUAGUGAUCGAUAUGGGGGCUUCAGUGGCGGAAGAGAUACUGAUGGUUUCAAAGAUAGCUACAAAAAGACCGAUAAGGAUGCAUAUGUAAAAUCACGACGUGAUGUUGGUGAUAAUAAUGGAAGCAACAUAAACAAGGGCUCUGCUGGCUUACGCAGCAAGGGUCAGCUUAAGUUUUCGCCUGAUGAAUCGAAAACUUCAGCAAACUUGAGAGAGACUAGUAAACCAAAUUCAAUUGCUAUCGAUGAUGACUUGGAUGAUGAUUUUGAUCCUCGGGGAAAUUCGAGAAGUAAGUCGACCGCCGAAACCUCUAGCCAGGUCGAUCUGUUUGGACAGAGUUUGGUCGGGGAUCUCUUGGAUGCACCUACAUCCGUUCCUGCAGAAACCUCUAUUAAGAAUGGCAGCUCUGCAGAUGUUGAUCUGUUUGCUGAUGCAGAUUUUGUAUCAGCAGAACCUCAGGUCGACAAGGUACCAAGUUCUCAAGCACAGGUUGAUCUGUUUGCUUCUCAACCUACCAUACCCGCUCCUGCUUCCAUUGCUCCAUCAACCAUUGACUUUUUUUCUGCCGGCGAACCACCAGCUGUGCCGGAGUCCAAAAAGCCUGUGGAAUUCGGUUCUGCAACUACCAGUGUUGUAGACCCAUUUGCUGCACUCCCAAUAAACAGUUUCGAUGGAUCUGAUCUGUUUGGCGAUUUCAGUUCUAGUACCACUUCAGGUACUGCGGAACCUACUAAGAAUCCACCUGCAAGUGAUGCUGGCACAAUUGAGAAUCCAACACAGCUUCCAGAAAAAAAGCAGAAUUUUCAGGUGAAAUCUGGGAUCUGGGCUGAUUCAUUAAGCCGUGGGAUAAUCGAUCUCAACAUAUCUGCACCCAAGAAAGUAUCCCUGGUUGAUGUUGGAGUGAUGGGCGAUCUCGGUGGAGGACAAGAAGAAAAGGAGAAGUCGGCAGCAGCUCCCCCAGCAUUUUACAUGGGGAGAGCAAUGGGAUCAGGAUCUGGUCUCGGCAUGUCAGGUUUCACGACCGGACCUUCGUCUGGGUUUGCAUUUUCACAGCCACAGUCAACCCCUGAUGCUGGAACUGGAGCAGACCAAUUCUUCUCGAGCCUUGGCAGCAGUCAACAAUACCAGUUUGGCGCUUUCAAGUAA